AUGGAACCAAUACCUUUACAGAUUAAACUUAAGCCCUCUCAUCUUCGACCUAUUGCUUACAGAAUCCUUUCAAAAAAGCAUGGCCUUCAUGUCAAAUCUGAUGCCUUGGAAGUCUUAACAGAGUAUAUAGGUUCAACAUUUGGAUCACAAUGGAAAUCACAAGAGUCUUUGAAGUUCAUUGAAGAUAUUGCUAAGAGCUGGAAAGCCAAGUUCCAGGCGAAUAAGAAUUUAUUUAUUGAUGGAGAGAACUUGAAAACCAUAAUUAAGGACAUCAACGAAAAAAAAAAUGUUACCAAUGCUAAGCCUAGUGGUGGAGCUCAAAGUAGUUUGAGUAACUUCCUUCUGAAAAAUGAUGAUGCCCCGAUGGCUAACAAAACUGAUACAUUGAUUGAUAUUGACGAGCUAAUGGAGGACAGGCCAACGACCAUCAAAAGAAUGAAACUAAGCGAAUAUUUCCAGGUAAAGGAUUUCUAUGAGUUGCCAAUUGCAAGAUUCAAUCAUUCACGAAAGAAAUAUGAACCUUAUUUGCCGCCACAUGAUAGAAUGCAAGCAGAGACUAAUUUAAUCAAGAAAUUAUCUUCAGAUUUCAAUGUUCAAGAUAAUUUGAGCAUAUAUAUUUCUCGAUACCACCAAGUGUAUCAUAAGAUCUUAAGAAAUGAAUCAUUUCAUUUCAGUAGUGCAUUGAAUCCUACUUCCUCCACAUAUUUCGAUGAACUACAGCUCUUAUCCAUUUCUGAUGAGUUCUCGAAGUUGAAAUCGAUCAAUGAGGAAGUGAAGCAAAUCAUGUUGAUAAAAAAUUUGCUCGGUAGACAUGGUAAACAAUUUAUUAUAUUCGGCUUGUUGACCAAAAACAAUGAAGGUAAAUAUAAGCUACAGGAUUCUAGUGAUUCAAUAGAGCUAGAUUUGGAAAAUGCUUAUCCUGAUGAAAGUUUCUUUUAUUUCGAAGGCUGUCUAUUGAUUUGUGACGGUAUUUAUAUCAAUUUCGGAGGCAAGCUGAAAUUCGUGGUGAAUUUAAUUUAUCAUCCAAAGGCCGAAUCGCGAGAAGAUUUUUUCAGAAAUUUUGGAGUGAUAGACUUUCAAUCAAAUAAUUUGGAUAUUAAGAAUCCCAAAUCAAUCAGAGAAUUUGAUCAAUAUCAAGAAAAGUUAAUUGCUGAUUCUAGACUAAAAUUACAAGAAUCUGAAGACGCUGGGUCUUUAGGACUAGAUAGAAUCAUAUUUAUUGGUUCUGAAAUAUUUUUGGACUCGUUGAAAACUCUUGAUUAUUUGAAAAAGUUAUUUUCUCAAAUUACCAAAGAUAUAAAUGAUCUACCAAUAGCUAUUGUGUUCCCUGGCUCAUUCCUUUCGCGAUCUUUUGAAACUUCCUCGGUUAACUCCCUUGGUGAUAAUUCUUCAAUGAAUUAUAAGCACCUCUUUGACUCGCUAGCGGUUAUUCUUUCAAAUUUUCCGACCUUAUGUGCAAAAACGCAAUUCAUAUUUACUGCUGGUUAUAACGAUCCUUGGAGCUCUUUGGUUUAUCAAGGCUCUAAAUCAGUGGCUAUGCCAUUCAACAGAAUUCCAAAGCUUUUUUUCAAUCGGUUGAGUAAAAUAGUAAAGAAUUUGAAAAUUGUGACAAAUCCUUUCAAAAUGUUUUACUUGAAUACUGAGAUCAAUUUGAUCAAUGAUGAUAUUUAUGAAAGAAUGGUAAAAAAUGAUAUUCCAUUUAACUUCUAUGGUGAGAAGGUCGAAAUGAUGAGAAAUUUGGAUAGUGAAUCUAACAAUAAUGUUGAGAAAAUUGUUGAGGAUAUAGAAGAUGAUGACGAUGAUGACGAGGAAAGGAGAAUUUCCAGAGCUUUGCUUUCCACAAAAAUUUCCUCAAUGAAUAAUUUGAAUAUCAAUUCAUUAAGAAAACAGAUAUUGAAACCAUCGGAUUCUAGAGCUUUCAAAAAAGACGUUAACAAAUUAACUAAUACUUUAAUACACCAAUCUCACAUGUCUCCAUUUGCCAUUGCCACCAGGCCAGUUGUUUGGAAAUUUGAUUCCUUGAUGGCCAUGAAUCCAUUGCCUAAUACACUUAUUCUCUUUGACUCAACAAUUGGAUUCUUCAAUGAAAUGGUUAAUGGGGUCAGAGUCAUUAACAUUGGAAAAUUUAUUAACAACGAUAAUAAAGCUGCCAAUUAUGUCGAAUAUUAUCCUGCAAGUCAAAAGGCUGAAUGGAAAAAGAUUUAUUUCAGUGGGUAG